AAAUGAACCGAGCGCGCGCUGCGUGCAGCUGCAACGCGCGCAUUGUUUCCCUGCACAUCCGCCGAGAGACGUGUCGGUGUGUGCACCUCCGAGUCUGCGUCUGUCUGCGUCUGCAGGAAGAUUGAAGAAAGAAAAAUGACCCUGACACGCUCCAAGAAACUGGCAGCUCCUCCACCUCCGUCCACCAGGAUGAGUUUGAGGAGCUUCCGCAGCGUCCCGCUGGUUCCCAUGGAGACCUCCUCCUCCUCUUCCUCCGAUGACAGCUGCGAUAGCUUCGGCUCCGAUGGGGGCUUCGCCAAUACGAAGAGCAUCUUAAGACGGACGAGGAGGACGGCAGAGAAACCAGUGGUGUUUGAAGCUGCGUCAGAGGAGGACACGAACAGCGAGUUUGAGGAGAGUGUGAUCAACAGGCAGAUGAAAUCAAUGAAAGUAGACUCUGAGCCUCCGAGGCGUGGCCGCAGGUCCACCGUGCUGAAGGUUGCCAUGACAUUCCCCUCAAAGAAGCAGGCGACAAAGAGGCCUGUGUCCGAACCGCUCCCCCAGCCCGAAGCACAGGACUCCAACUGUGAAGAGGAGGAGAACUUCAUGAACAAGAGAGCCAUGAACAUAAAGGAGAACAAAGAAAUGCUUGCGAAGCUCAUGGCAGAACUGAACAAAGUACCUGGACUCUUUCCGAGACGAACGGCAAUGUCGGCGUCCUCUACGCCCAGACAGGCACCUCGGCGGUCCGUGGGAACCCCGGGAGGUCGCAGGAGAAACCCGGAGCGUGUUUCCCGACCCCACACACGAUCCCGUACACAGGUGGACGGACCCCCCAGCCCGACUCCAGAGGAGGAGCCCGAGGACAAGUUCAGCCUGGUCCGCAAAAGUCGCUACUACGAGGAAGACGACGAGCCACCCCGUCGCCGUUUCUGCAAUGGCGCCAAGGCCCUCCCUCAUGUGGUGCGGCCUGUGGAGGACGUCACGGAGGCAGAGCUGCAGGGAAUCUGCUUCAACGUGCGGGAGAAAGUCUACAACAGCUCCACCGGAUCCACCUGCCACCAGUGUCGCCAGAAAACGGUCGACACCAAAACUAACUGCCGCAAUCCAGAGUGCGUGGGGGUGAGGGGUCAGUUCUGUGGCCCCUGUCUCCGUAACCGCUACGGAGAGGAGGUCGGAGACGCUCUGCUCAAUCCCGAGUGGCAUUGUCCGCCGUGCAGAGGCAUCUGCAACUGCAGCUUCUGUCGAGCCCGAGAGGGUCGAUGUGCCACGGGAGUGUUGGUUUACUUGGCUAAAUACCAAGGCUAUGACAACGUGCACGCCUAUCUGAGGAGCUUGAAAAAGGAGCUGGAAGAGAGUAAAGAAUGAAGUGUGGAGGAAGAAUUGCUCCUGGACCAGACUGACGACACCUGUGACCGUUCUGACAUGCCCACAGUUCAAAUACUGUUAAAGCUUUCAACCCCAGAAUCACAAUACUUACUGAUUAUAUUGAUACUUAUUGAUUAUAUGGAUACUUGUGAAAUUUCACGUUUUUUUGUUUGGGGAUUUUCCAACUCCUAAAGGAGGCAGACGUCCAGUCCCUCAUCGUUCUAUGAUGUACAUAUUCCUGAAAAAAAAAUCCAGUUUUCUAGCUGAAUCAUCCGAAAAACAUGCAAAAAAAAUGCUGCAAAAACACUUUAAGUCUUGUUUGAACGAUCUACUUUAUUUUACAUUGUUUUAAAUGUAUAGGUUUUACUGUACACAGCCCACAUGGACGUUAAUUGGCCUCCAUGGGAUCUGUCCUUGUGCCUUUCUUUUACAAAUCGGCUUGUGUUUUUACAAGUCAUUUUUCCUUUUGGAGAAGUUUAAAUGUAAAAAGGGAAACAUUUUUUUGUGUGUUGCUUAGGACGUCCUGUAGAAACAGCCCAAUGAUCUGCGAGCCACUGAGGUGGUGCAGGUGGAAAAGGGCAUCGACCGGGGUCCACUGCCUCUUCCCUCUGAGCCGCGAGCAACUGUGUGAUAUACUACAGCGCCUGCUUAACGCUCCUUCAUUAGAUAACUGUCACUAAUGGUGUGGAAACAAUUAGCACACUCUAAUGGGGGAGUCUUCUACCUGUAAAUCAUUUUAUCCUGCUAAAGCACGGUUUCUCGCUCUGCUUCAGUCUCUCUGGCUCAUUUUCUGCCGUCCACUGUUAAGUAGAAAUGGUGGAAAGGGGCACUCGAGUGGCGACGGAGUUAUGGCCCUGCGUUUCCUGCUCAGAAGUGCCACGCUCUACACCGAAUGACACGGAAUUGACCUCUGUGACGUUCGUCUUUGAAAAUGUGCUUCAUUUGUGCAAAACCUGCAGCAGGAUAUACUCUGAGUAAUCAGUUGGUUUCUUUACUGUAAUAACGUGGAGGUUGUGUUCGAGGCGCUGUGUCCCUAACGGGAAGAGCGAUGCUCAACUCUUGAUGGGGAUAUCCGUCACCGUGACGCUCGCUUUGUGCUUAUUGGGUUAACUGUACAUUUUCAUUAAAGCGUUAAUCACUGCACAA